AAAUAAUCCAAAUAAUCUUUCUCCAACACAUUCAUCAAAUUCAAGUCAAUCAUUUCAUCAUUCAUUAUCAAAUCGAGCUAGUCAAUGUCCAACACCAGUUCGAUAUCGACAUCGAACAACAUUUACACAAGAACAAUUAUCUGAACUUGAAUCAGCAUUUGGUAAAAGUCAUUAUCCAGAUAUUUACUCUCGAGAAGAAUUAGCAUGA